AUUAACUGUUACCAAGCUAAAUAUAAAAUGAGAAAAAAUGUAAGAACAACAACAUGCUUUAAAAUAGUAGUCUUCGUUUCGUUUACUGGCAUACUACUCUAUUUUCACAAUACGCCUGUACCAAAUCAAGGUGACAAACGAUUGGUAUUGAAUACCAAUACCAUCAAAAAAGGAAAAUCUGAGGAGUCAACUUUUAAUUGUAGUAUCUUUCGAAAACUAAUUGGACAACAAAAUAUCGAAUUCCCUAGUAAAAUAACAUGGGAACAAAUUUAUAAAAAGAACGAUAAUGUGACAGCUGGGGGUCAGUGGAGCCCAACAAAUUGUGGAGCAGAAGAUGAGAUUGCCAUCAUCAUUGCAUAUAGGGACAGAGAAGAGCAUUUGAAGCAGUUCUUAAACUAUAUGCAUCCAUUUCUGCAGAGACAAAAGCUCUCAUAUAGAAUAGUAGUCGUGGAGCAAAAUAAGCCAGCAAUUUUCAACAAAGCGUCAUUGUUUAACACUGGCUUUAAAAUCAUUUCCGAGUUGGGGAUAAAUUAUACAUGUUUUAUAUUCCACGAUGUUGAUAUUUUUCCUGAAAAUGACAGGAUGAUAUACUCCUGUCAGAAAAAAAUCGUGUUACAUUUAGCCGCGUACAUUGACGUACACAACUACAAAAAACCUCCAUAUACUCUGACAGGCGGCGUGGUAGCCAUAGCCCCAGACACUUACAAAAAACUCAACGGAUACUCAAACGGCUUCUGGGGCUGGGGUGGCGAAGAUAACGACCUUCUCAUAAGAUGCUUGCACAUACAUGUUCCAUUUCGGCAGUGCAUUAACUGGACCGAAUGUCGAUAUACUACUUUAAAGCACAGUCGAGAUCAAGGUAAUCCUGAAAACCACGUCCACUACAUAUUAAACAAGAAAGAACCAGACUUUCGAAAUGAUGGUUUGACAACCGUGAACUUCACCUUACACGCCGCAAAACAAUUUAAAUUGUUCACUUGGUUAUAUGUGUCAUUUGACACGUCAACACUAACUCGUGAAAAUACUGAUUUUUUCGGUGCUGAUGCAGACGCCGCCAUAGCUAUGCAGGAGAAAGACGGUCGGAGUUUUGACGAGUACCUUUGGUAAAUUCUCGAGAUGCUUGAUAGAGAAUGACGCAAGAAAAAUAGUUGAGGAAUUGUUAUUUCAUUUCAUUUUCAAUUCGUACUAUGCAGAAGGUAGUUAAUAGGUCGCUGCCUAGCGCAAUGUGCAGUUGUAAUAUAGUUGUUAACUGCAAGCAAUAUACUUCUACCUAAAUAUUCUUUACCAUCUCAAAUAUAAUUUUCUCAAAAACGCAAUCUGAUACCACUGUCAACACAUUUACAGAACAAAUGAAUACAUUAAUAUUGUAAAAAUCAUUCGUUCACCCCAUAUGAAGUACCAUAGGCAAUUUAAAGGGUUCCGAUUAGCAUCCCGUAUAAAAACAAUAUGGCGGCUCCAGGCGAAUCAACUGGAUCAGUCCAUUUUAAGAAAUAAGGGGAGUUCUGUAAAAUCCAGUUUAUUGAAAUUGUCUUUGAGAUAAAGUAAUCCGUUUAUAAUGAUUUUGAAAACGUUAUCCAAAGAGUGAUUGCGUUCAAAGAAUACAUGUACAACAGCCAAUAUAAAUCCUUGUAUUAGAAACCGGUUUGUCUUGCUUUGUUUCAUUUGUAGGGAUAUUUCAUAUGUCAAGCUGUGUGCUAUUACGUUAUGGGGAAAUUUAGAUGCCAAUUUUUCCUUAUUAUACACAAAUAGAAGAUCCUGAAACUUCAUCCAUAAAUGUGGAAUUGAUUUGUCAAAAUAAAAAUCACCCUUUUAUAAGUGUGUGACGAUCUAUAAUAUACUUAUGCUAUAUAACAGUAAGAGGUGUUGACACAACGAUCUCGAACCUGUGAACCCUUGAGUAUUAUUCCGGGAUCGGGCCUUUUAUACUAAACGGUGAGCAACACCAGAAACGAGCGUUCGAUUUGCUAAACGAUAUGCGUCACCCUUUAAGAAAAUGGACAUGACAAGGAAUGAUGGGUGACAAAAAUAUUCAAAGAAAGAACUUUCAAAGGUUAAGGCUGCUCGCUGAAUCUGAUACCACCUAUAAAUAGGGACAUGUACGAUUGAUUACAUGUGGAGAGGUCUAGAAUAAGAUACAUUGCAAGUUUGAAUCAAUUCAAACCAGGAACGAAUAUCUUCUGUUCAUACUUGGUAAAGCUGUAGUACUGGACACGAACGAUAUUGGCAUAAAACACUUAAAUUCAUAAUUUAUAGAUGUCAGUAUAUUCGAACUCCUAUGUCAUACCCUGCCAUCUUUUCUAUACUACAUGAUCUUAUAUGGAAACUGGAAUUCGAUGUAUCAGAUUGUUCCGAAAAUGUUCAAUUAAAUUAUUGCUUCUAAAUACUGAAAUAUGUGUUAAGAAUCAAGGAGAUUGAGUUUCUGAAUUAAUAAAUAGAAAAUAUAUUCGUUCGUUCAUUCUUAAAAGCAUGCCACAAAUGACCCUUCCAACAGUAUAAAACAUCAACA